CAUACCCCUUACACCCAAUCCCAACACCACCCCUCUAGCCCCUCCGUGUCCGCUCCAAAAUAACCAUUACGCAGUUCCGGUGAGCUGUCAAACGCGUACCUGUCAAUCGACGCAAAAGCUUGGACCAAAAGUUUGCGGAUCCCGCGUUAAUAUCUCAAGAGGGCCAAGAGACAUGUCUUUUAUAUUCAACUGGCUCUGCAAGGGCUUCAGCAGUGUCUUGCAACUUCUAGGAUUAUACAAGAAGACAGGGAAGCUAGUUUUCCUGGGGCUGGAUAAUGCUGGGAAAACAACAUUGUUGCACAUGCUGAGAGAUGACAGGCUAGGACAGCACGUCCCAACUCUGCACCCGACAUCAGAGGAGCUGACUAUAGCUGGUAUGACCUUCACUACAUUUGACCUUGGUGGUCAUACGCAAGCCCGGAGAAUUUGGAAGAACUACCUCCCAGCCAUCAACGGUAUCGUCUACAUGGUGGACGUAGCCGAUCACGAGCGGCUAGAGGAGGCAAAAAUUGAACUUGAUGCCCUGUUAACAGAUGAAACCAUCUUCACGGUCCCAGUCCUGAUCCUCGGGAAUAAGAUAGACCGUCCAGAGGCCAUCAGUGAAGACGCUCUGCGGGGGAUGUUCGGUCUUCAUGGACACACAACCGGAAAGGGGCAGGUGUCGCUGAAGGAGCAGAAUCUGAGGCCGAUGGAGGUGUUCAUGUGCAGUGUUCUUAAGCGGCAGGGAUAUGGAGACGGCUUCCGCUGGCUCUCCCAGUACAUUGAAUGAUCCAGAGAAGAGAUUCUCUAAGAUUUGCCAUGAGGGUCUAUGCAUUCAAAAACACAAAAACAGGGCCGACAUGAGACUACCUACAAUAUCCUGACUGUCUUUAGAAUGAGAUCAUUGUAUACCAUGUAAUGUUACUAUACCCUGUUUACAAGAUAUUUCAGUCAGUUAAGUGAGGUCUAUUUGCUAUUUUUCGUGAAAGUUGUCAUUAAGACGCUUUUAUCCAAAGCGAGUUACAGUGAAUUGAGAUACAUUUCACCAGGUCAGAUGGUAAAAACUGUAGAUAGUUAAUCAUGGAACAGGUACGGUUUUGGGAUUUUUCUCAAGGAUACCUAACACCCACCACCACCUAAUAUAAUUAAUAAGUGUCCUGCUAUGUUUUUCUCUAUAAUCUUUCUAUAAAGUAUUAGUUUUUCUUAUAAUGCUGCCAAUAGCCGUGCUCAAAGUUACAAAGACCGUGCCAGUGCUGUGAACAAGUUUCUGGGCAUGUGUUAUUUUUAGCAUUGGUGUAAGCUUACAGAGAAGACUAUGCUGAACAUUGGUUAACUUAAUUCAGGUUGGUCAGUGAACCAUGCAGGAUAUGCAUGGUGCAUAUUCUGCACCAUGCAAUCUCGAAAAGUGUUGGAGAUGAAUUAUAUUUUACAUGAAUUCUGAUGUUUUUAAAUUUUCCUUAUGGAUGGCAGGAUGCGUUUGUUAUUUUCAUGAAGAAUAAGACCUAAGAAAUAAUGUUGCAUCUAGAAAGUGUUUACAUUUCUGUGACAAAAACAAUAAGCAAAGAUGAAUUGAUAUUAAUCAAAUUCAUCCAUAGCCUUCAUAGUUAAAGUAAUUGCUUGAGUAUUUUUUUGUCGCACUUGAAGGUUUACCACAAGUAAUUCAAACUUUAUCAAAUUCGUAUUAUGGUAUAUAUUUUAUAUUGUUUAACUUUAGUGUAUGUUUAAUAACAGCAUUCGGAGCAAUGCAGGCUGUAGGAUGUAUGCAAUGACAAUGCUUUAUGUUACUGUGAAAAUACCCAAGUACUUUGUGAUUAUUGCUGCCUGAAACAUUGUAGUUGAUAUGAGGGUACUUGGUAUUGAAAAAUCAGGUUGUGCCGACUAUUGUCAAUAUAUUACUUUGUUAAUAACAGUAUAAACAUUGCAAAGUUGA